AUGACGGAGGGCGAAGUGCCUUCCGAGGUUCAUCUAGAAGUCAAUGAUUUAAAACUCAUUUCACAAGAAGAAGCAGAUAGUCCUUUUGACAGUGGACAGGGCAGCUGUGAAACAAUUGGACCCUUGAGUGAAGGAGAUUCUGAUGAAGAGAUAUUUGUGAAUAAGAAAUUGAAAAGCAGGAAGGUGCUACAAGACAGUGAUUCGGAAAGAGAAGAACCAAAUGCCUCUCCAGAGAAAGCUACCUAUGAUGUUGUCGAAGAGGAAAACAAAGAGAACUUAUAUGCCGGAAAAAAUAGGAAAGCCAGAAGGAUGCACAAAACUCUGGCAGACAGUGAUGAAAGUGACAUGGAGGAGGAAGAGUCUUUGUACCAGGAAAAUCUUGAAACCCAAGUGACAUCUUCCUUAGAGCUGGGUCGUCAAUCUGAAAACUCUGUGGACUUUACAGCUAGUAGAAAGAUUUCCAAAAAACCCAUACGUGAUAAAGAAGGAACUAAAGGGAAAGCAAGAGUAAAAUCAAAGAGAAGACUAGAGAAAGAGGAGAGAAAGAUGGAAAAAAUUAGGCAGCUAAAAAAAAAGGAAACAAAAAAUGAGGAAGAAGAUGUGAGACAGCCAUUUACUGAUAGUGGCUGUCUUCUUGUGGAUGAAGACCUUUUUGAAACUGGGUUGGAGGAGGAACAUAACUCUGCAUUAGAAGAUGAAGAGUCGCUAGAAUCCAUAAGGGCAGCUGUGAAAAACAAAGUAAAGAAACACAAGAAAAAGCAACUAUCUUUGGAGAGUGGCAUUUCUUCAUAUGAAGAAGAAAGUGAGUCAUCAAAAGGCACCAGGAAGGAAAGGAAGGCAGCCAAGUUAAGUAAGGAAGCAUUAAAAAAACUACACAGUGAGACUCAGCGCCUUAUUCGAGAGUCUGCACUUAAUCUUCCGUAUCAUAUGCCUGAGAAUAAAACCAUUCAUGAUUUCUACAAACGUAAACCCCGGCCCAUUUGGCAGGGAAAUGCCAUGGCCCUACUAAAGUCAUCUAAGUAUCAGUCAAGCCAUCACAAAGAAGUCACAGACCCUGCAAACAAAACUGAGAUGAGCAAUGACCAUCAUACCAAAAAUUCUGAGCCAGCAACAGGUGCAGGAUAUGAAAUGGAAGCUAAUGCACUCCCUGCAGUUUCAAAGGAACUCCAGAUGACUACUGGAUCCGAUGAGUCUUGCAAUAAAGAUCUGAUGGUAAGUGAAGAGCCAGAAAUUCAGGAGAAACGGGAGCAGAGGGAUACUAGACCUUCUCCUGGGGACAGCUCAGUGGCACAGCAGGAAUCCAGCUUCCUUGGGAACAAGGUCAAUGACGAGUCUCAGACUGAAGAGCGUGUGGCACUUGAGCCUGACGCCCUGGGGGGAGAAGGCCUGCAAAAAACAGAAGAAACAGAUGAGAAGGUGGAAGAGCCCAGGCAGCAAACCCAAUCAGCGGCAGUCGUGCCACCUGAGAAAGCGAGGAGGUUCACGCUGGAUAGACUUAAGCAACUGGGAGUAGAUGUUUUCGUUAAACCUCGGCUGGGUGCUGAUGAAGAUUCCUUUGUGGUACUUGAAGAACCUGAACCCAACAGAGAACUGGAAGCCUUGAAGCAGCGUUUCUGGAAGCAUGCUAAUCCCGCAGCCACACCCAGGGCUGCUCAGAAGGUAAAUGUGAGCAUCGUCGUGAAAGAGGUGGGCACUGAUGGUAAGGAAGAGCUGAAGGCUGAUGUGGUACCUGUGACUUUGGCAGCUGAGAAGCUGGAUGGAGUAAGCCACACAAAACCAGGUGAAAAGCUUCAGGUGCUGAAAGCUAAAUUGCAAGAAGCAAUGAAACUCCGAAGGUCCGAGGAGCGCCAAAAGCGCCAGGCAUUGUUUAAAUUAGAUAAUGAAGAUGGAUUUGAAGAAGAGGAGGAGGAGGAGGAGGAGGAGAUGACGGAUGAGUCUGAGGAAGAUGGAGAAGGGGAGGAAGAAGAAAAGUUAGAGGAAGAGGAGGAAGAAGGCAGUUAUGAGAUGGCAGAAUUCCUUCUCGGUAAUGAAGAAAUAGAAACCAAAGGUGAGAAAGAAAUGGACAAGGAAAGCAAUGAUGACAGUAGUGAAAUUGGCAAGUCAGUUGGCCUUCCAUCGGUUCUUAAGCCUCUCUCAUCAGAUUCUACCGUUCUCCUAUUUAAAGACAACUCUUCCAAGAUGGAUGAAGAAAAAUCAGAAACAGAUGAAAACUCAAGCAAAAGGCCUACCAAACUGGAUGAGGAGGAUUCAUGCUCAUUGCUAACAAAGGAGAGCAGUCACAAUAGCAGCUUUGAAUUGAUUGGCUCCACAAUUCCAUCCUAUCAGCCUUGCAACAGACAAACAGGCCUUGGGACUAGUUUUACCCCUUUAGCAGCAGGAUUUAGAUCUCCUUCCCCUGGGCUAUUUCGAGCCAGUUUGAUCAGCUCAGCUUCUAAGAGUUCAGAAAAGCUGUCUGAGCCUUCACUUCCCAUAGAGGAUUCCCAGGAUCUAUAUAACGCCUCCCCAGAGCCUAAGACACUUUUCCUAGGAGCAGGAGAUUUCCAGUUCUCUUUAGAAGAUGACACGCAGAGCCAACUGUUGGAUGCAGAUGGGUUCCUAAAUGUUAGAAACCACAGGAAUCAGUACCAAGCUUUGAAACCUCGAUUACCAUUGGCCAAUAUGGAUGAGAAUGCCAUGGAUGCUAACAUGGAUGAGCUGCUGGAUUUGUGCACUGGAAAAUUCACUUCUCAGACGGAGAAGGCUCUGCCCGGGAAGAGUGACAAGAAAGAGAACAUGGAAGAACUUCUGAAUCUUUGUUCAGGAAAAUUCGCCUCUCAGGAUGCUCUGGCUCCAUCAGAGUUAAAUAAACAGGAGAAGGAGAACAGCAUGGAUGAUCCGAUGGAAGAAGCACUUGCUCUUUGUUCAGGCUCUUUCCCAACAGACAGGGAAGAAGAAGGUGAAGAGGAAGAAUUUGGAGACUUUCGGCUUGUCCCAAAUGAUAAUGAGUUCAGUAGUGAUGAGGAUGAACACAGUGACUCUGGUAAUGAACAUGAGGCCCUGGACGACCAUGAGGAUGAGGAUGAAGAAGAACUCCAGAGACAAUCUGUGAAGUUGAAAAGGCAAAUGAGAUUGAAGAGAUACCUGGAGGAUGAGGCCGAGGUGUCAGGAAGUGAUGUGGGAAGUGAAGAUGAGUAUGAUGGGGAAGAGAUUGAUGAAUAUGAAGAGGACGUAAUUGAUGAAGUACUUCCUUCUGAUGAGGAGCUACAGAGUCAAAUAAAGAAGAUACACAUGAAAACAAUGUUGGAUGAUGAUAAACGACAGCUCCGUUUAUACCAAGAGAGGUACCUUGCUGAUGGGGAUCUGCACAGUGAUGGUCCUGGACGAACGAGGAAAUUUCGAUGGAAAAACAUAGAUGAUGCUUCCCAGAUGGACUUGUUCCACCGAGACUCUGAUGAUGAACAGAUCGAGGAACAGCUUGAUGAGACAGAAGCCAGAUGGAGGAAGGAGAGAAUUCAGCGAGAGCAAUGGCUUCGGGACCAGGCACAGCAGGGGAAAAUUUUACCUGAAGAAGAGGAAGAAAUUGGAGAAGACAGUCAGUUUAUGAUGCUGGCCAAGAAAGUCACAGCCAAAGCAUUGCAGAAAAAUGCCAAUCGUACUGUGGUUAUACAAGAAUCAACACCUUUACUCAGAAAUCCUUUUGAAGCCAUCAGACCGGGAAGUGCCCACCAGCCAAAGACAGGCUCAUUGCUAAACCAGCCCAAAGCUGUACUUCAGAAACUGGCUGCCCUCUCUGACCUCAACCCCAGUGCUCCCCGAAAUUCAAGAAACUUUGUCUUCCAUACACUUUCUCCUGUCAAGGCUGAGACAGCAAAGGAAUCAUCUAAGCCUCAGGUGAGGAGAAAGGGCCCAUCCAUAAUGAGAACGCCUUCACCUAAGCGCCUCAAAACAGGUGAUAGCACUUCAGGAUCGAAGCAGAGCAUCUUCAAGUACUUGGAAAGCUAA